AUGAUAAUGUUUGAUACUGUGACACAUACUAUUCGAGGUGAUCUAAAGAGUCUCUUACUUAGUAGUCCAAUUCGAAAUGUUAUAUUAUGGGCCGAGACAGAUUAUACAUCUUUAAUUUUACAAGAGGCAAUAGAUUGUGAUGUACUUGGACCACAGUUUACAUGGAUAUUAGGGUCAACUGUUGAAUUAAAUUCUUUUAGUCAAGCAGAUAAUGCAAAGUUAAUUGGAAUAUUGACUAUAGAGCCUGUAGUUGCAAGUGCUGUUAAUGAACCAACAAAUACAACAUUAUUAAAUGCAGCAUAUGAUAUAUGGCAACAAUAUGAACCUGAAACAUUUCCUGGAGCAGAAAAUGUGAAUGCUUAUGCGUUAUUUACAUUUGAUGCAACUUGGUUAUUGAUCCGAUCGUUAGAGCAACUUUGUUCAAUCACGAAUAAUCAUUCUUCUCCAUGUCUAUCAAUUGUAAAUGAUUCAUUUUGUUUUAAUCGACGUUUACUUGAUUCCAGUUCACUGUUUGAUAUAAUUAAUACUGAUACAUUUCUUGGUGUAUCUGGACUUGUACAAUUUAGUGCUAAUUCAACGGAUCGAGUUAGUGGUGUUUAUUAUAUUGUGAAAAAUAUUCAGAGCUUAUCAAAUGAGUUAAACUAUGUUCCAGUAUUAGUAUGGUGUAGUUCAGAUGCUUGGACACCACAUUCACAACAAAAUAUGAUUAUAUGGCCUGGACAGUCAUUAGUAGCUCCCACAGGUUAUGCAACUAUUGCAGGUGUAACCUUACGAAUUGCUGUAAUUGAAGCGCCUCCGUUUACAAUGACCCAACAAGUAGCAGAUACAAAUGGAAUAAUAAAAACAAAAUUAAUUGGAUAUAUACCUGAUCUUCUUGCUAUUUUACAAACAAAUAUGGGAUUCAUUCCAAACAUUACAUUGUUACCAUCAACUCAGAGCUACGAUGGACUCAUAGACGAUGUAGCAAAUAAUGUUUAUGAUAUAGUAGCAGGUGAUGUAACAAUUCUUGCUGAACGAAGAGAACAAGUUUCUUUUACUGAUUCAAUCUAUGACAAUUCAUUACGUAUCAUUGUUCGAAAUACCGCCUCGGCUAGUCCAGAUUUCUGGUUUUACUUAAGACCAUUCUCGUUGGGUGUUCGCUUAUGUAUCUUGGGUUCUAUUAUCUUCGCUGCUCUAUUAAUGUAUUUAUACGAAGGAGGACAUAAUGACGCAUUAAAGCAUAAACCAACCAUUUCUCGACUUGUAAUGAGUACAUGGUAUCCUCUUGGUAAUAUCAUGGGAUAUGGUGUGGAUUUUACUGUGAAAACAGGUGCUGGUCGAUUCUUAACGUUUAGUGUAUUCUUUUUAAGUCUUGUCUUAAUAGCAACAUAUCAGGCAACUUUGACAUCUAAUUUAACUCUUAGACAGACGCAAAACAUUAUUUCGGGAAUAGAUGAUAUUAAAAAUGGAAAAAUACC